GUCUGCACACCUCGCUGAGCCAGCUGCACUGUUUGUAGGUUCCCUCCGCUGUUCUGCGCAUCCUUAAUCUCCAGCUCGAGCCUGUGAGAACAGCGCAGAGCAAUCAUUUCACAAGGCAGCCACCCAGCACCCCCCUCCCCCUCUCCGGCCUCUGGCGAUCCAGCCGGCCACCCACUCUGAGGCCGGAUCGCGAUGGUCAACAUGGGGAGAGGAGCGAUGGUUGACCUCCGCUUUCCUCCACGCCCACGCCGACGACCUCGGCCCCGAAACCAGCGCGGUGCGUAGGACUGUGCAAACGCAUGUUUCCAGGGGGAACCCGCUGACCGCUCACCUUCAUCAUAAGUGCAUUCUUUACUUGAGUGGUUCCUCGGGUUCAGUCCUCUGCGUUCGCCCACACCUCGCAGGUGCUCCGUCCGCGGACCUCAGGAUGUGCGACCCAGCCACCAUUCACCUUUACCUCGUCUGCUCUUUCCCACACUCUUUGGCUUCGCUCACCUCCAACACAUUCAUGCUGGUGCUCCUGCAGAAAGUUCAUAAAUUAGCGACUGUGCUGUGGAGAUAGCGCUCCCACGCUAACACUCUGUGAACAGCCAGAAGCAUGUUCAGAAGCAUGUUGCACAGAAAAGGUUUGGUGCGACCUCCAUGGGGAAUUCUCUCUAGUCUGACUUAAGCUGUCAUAUUAAAUUAGUGGAUCUGUUUGAAAUAUGGGAAUAAGAUUUUGAGGUUUUCGGUGAAUACAGUGGAGUGUGGUGUUUUUGUGUAGCUUAGCAUUUAAUGCAGUAGAUGCAGUCCCUCCUCCUGCCUGUUGAUGGGCUUUACCCAUCAAGCUGUGGCCUUGACUUGGCCAGGUGGUCCUGACCGCUCCCUCCGUGGCAUCCAGACGUCUCUGAUUGCACAGAGAAGCAAAUGUGUAGCGGUGGAGAUUGGUCCACGCGCAUUUGUCCGUCCAGAUCUGCUUUUAGACCACAUCGAAGCAGAGCUUUUUUUAGGUGGGCAGAGAUGCUUGAGAUAUUUGGAAGAUUAAAUGAGAUCAGGAGUCAAAAUGAAAACUAGUCUGGACUCCAGAGCUCAAGAACCCAUUUGUCCGUUGUCUUUUCAUUCGACUGUCCUCUCUAAAAAGUGAACUUUGCGUUUCCUCCUCAGGCGACUGGACGCUCGAGUGACGUAACGCGUGCAGCCUCAACUCUAGUUGAAAACACGUGGGGAUAAAAUCCUCUCCCAGAUAUCCCAGGCACGUCCGGGAUUCGGUUUCUGUCGUAUAAAAUCAUUUCCUUCCUGCUUUUUUUUUUUUUUUUUUUUCAAAACUAGGGUUUGGCACAUCUGAAUAUGUCACAGCUUGCAGAUACGAGAGCACAGGGACCCGCUUCUUGCAGCUGCUGUUUCUGUGCUUCCACUGGAAAUCAUUUCUUCGCCUAUUUUGAGGGGUUUUACGGUUUUAAGUGUCCCUUGAUGCUUUGUGUUGUAACAACCAUUUCAAGACUGUAACGUCUACCAGCCUGACAGCACUAACCCUACUACAGAAAGUAAUGUGGGGUUUAGUGCAAGACCCUGGCAUUUCUUUGAUAUUCUAGACGUAUUCGCUGGACUCUUUAACCUCUUCCCAUCCACAGAGCAGGACCCACACACAGGGCUUUAUUGCAAAGGAGAGGUUUUUAUUAGAUUUUCCUGAAAGGAUCUAUUUUUGGACCAGAUUGCUCCAUUCAGACUGAUAAGAAACGGCCUCUUCCUCCAGCUUUUCACGCUGCGUUUGGGUGCUGGCUGACCUAUCGGCUUCCCUUCCUGCCUGAGUCGGCCUCUUUUUCCGUCUUGGUGUGGAACUCAUUUGUGUGCAGGCACACGCGGGUUGGGAAAGAAAUGCUGCAGCUCACAGCAGCGCUGGUUGAAUGCGCCCGGUGGAAGCUCCCAUUGGACAGGAAGGGUGUCCAUUAGUCAGCGAACCAUCUGUUCUAUCAGUCAGGUAGGCAGGCGUCCAGGCAGGAGAAGGAUGCAGCUGUAUCUGUGUGUUGAUUGUUGUCUGUGUGUAAGAGAUUUUUUCUACUAGUAUAAAAUAAACUGGUUAAUAGUUAACACCGAUCAAUGAGGACUUUGAUCAGUAAGAAUUCUAUCAGCAUGUAAAGAAGCUCUAAACACUCCAGUAGACAUUUACUAGACAAAUCACUAGACUUCUAAUGUGAAGCUGUUCUUCUUCCUUCUUCUGGAUGUCUGAAAUCACUUUCACAAAAUGCUGAGAACACAGCGAGGUGGGGGGGGGGGUGAGAUAGGAGCAGAGAAGGGCAGAGAACGCCUGUGCCGCUGCAGCUCCUGUUAUUUUAACCCAGAUUCGGCGCUGAAAUGUGGCCACCAUGUGGACCCUCUGAAGGAGCGUGGCUGCAGCGCCUGCCCGGCCAAUGGGAGCGGGCUGUGGCGGACCCGGAGGAGGGAGGUGGGCCGGGUCUGGGAGUCGGAGUCUGAGGGAGGCAUUAAAGUGGGAGAGUCGUGGCGAAAGGAGCCACAUCUCCAGGGGACCUGGACCGGCCACACACCAAUGGAGACCUGGAUUAAUGUCUGUCUGUUCUUACUGACCUUCAGCACGUCCCCUCUUAAGCCACUGAGGUGUGUCUGACGUGACGCCAGCGGGCUGGCUCAGGGGACACUUCAAAACAAUGUAGACACCGAAACCCGGGCGGAAUCAGAGUCUGAAGAGCGAGCGGCUGCAGAUAAGACGCCGAAGCCGCCGGGAGAACAGACGUCCACUCGCCGACGGCACCGCUCCACGCCGGCCUCGUCCCGCACAGUGUUGAAACCCGAGCCGAGCGACCGCCGGCCGCCGCCAGCAUGUGCCAUGUCAUCGUCACCUGCCGCUCCAUGCUGUGGACCCUGCUGAGCAUCGUGGCGGCGUUCGGCGAGCUCAUCGCCUUCAUGAGCACCGACUGGCUGGUGGGCUUCCCCCGCACGCCCGACUCCGUCUUCGGGGCCCACGGGGCCCCCGGCGCCGCCGCCGGCGAGGCCUACCGGCCCACGCUGGGCAUCUACGGCCGCUGCGUCAAACUGCCCCACAUGCAGCGCGGCGUGCUGUGCGGGCCCUACGCCGUGCACUUCGGGGAGAUCGCCAGCGGGUUCUGGCAGGCUGCCUCCAUCUUCCUGGCGGCAGGGAUCCUGCUGCUGUGCGCGGUGGCGUUCAUCUCGGUGUUCACCAUGUGCUUCCAGAGCAUCAUGAAGAAGAGCAUCUUCAACGUGUGCGGGCUGCUGCAAGGCAUCGCAGGUCUGUUCCUGAUCCUGGGUCUGAUGUUGUACCCCGCUGGCUGGGGUUCCGACAAGGUCCAGCUGUACUGCGGCCCCGACGCGUCGCCGUACCGGGCCGGGCUCUGCUCCAUGGGCUGGGCCUUCUACACGGCCAUGGGCGGCACCGUGCUCACGUUCGUGUGCGCCGUCUUCUCCGCGCAGGCCGAGAUCGCCACGUCCAGCGACAAGGUCCAGGAGGAGAUCGAGGAGGGGAAGAGCCUGAUUUGCCUCCUCUGAGGGUUCUGACGCCUGCUCCCGGGUCGGCGCUCAUGGAACGGAGGCCCCGCCGCAACGUUUACCACUAAAACUGGCUCGCUGAGCUGUCGGCGUUGAUGUGGGAGGAAUCUACAAGUGCCAAGUUGUCCUUUUUGAAUUUCUCAGUGUGUUUUGUCUUUGUGCCACUAGAGGUGCUGUCUUUUAUUGUAUUGCAUUCGUUGUCAUCGUGUGGCGCGUCUGUCACCGCGUGCUCUGUAAAUAGGCCUGAUUAUAUAUAUUUUGUACAUAGUAAUGAUCGCUGAAUCAGCUCGGUCCAGGCGGAGCUGAUGAAGUCUCUCUUGCCUCAAAAUAACAAACACUGGUGGGUUUGUCACCAGAAAAGACCCUGGACCUGUUAACUGUUGUGAGCAUUAAGGGAACCACUGCCGUCAGAAUAAUCUGCUCACACAGUGAAGUGAUCCCAGUGGAUGUCCUUUUAAAAGCCUACAGAAUGUACUGUCGCUUGAAUGACUCAUGCGUUUGCAGAAAUCUGUGGAUGGAACACAGGCGGCACGACGACGAAGCGAAGGAAGCUCCGGUGCCUUUUGUUCGUCUUCUGUUUUGCAUAAUAGGAACUGUAGCUGAAGCUGAAAGAUGAUCUGUGAAAAGGAAACGGUGUCUCUGCCUGGUCCUCAAUCUGCAGACAUCCCGCAAUUUGUGCACAUGGACUGAAUGAUGAGAACACAUCAAUGAAGUAUUGCUGUUAUUAGUAAUGUCUGGUUUCAGGGAGUCUGUUGAGUCAUAGAUAGUUUUCUAUCUGUUCUCAUUUGUUUCUGCCAACAGAAUAAAGAGAAGGGGGGGAAAGAAAUCAA